CAUAGCCACCGUGCACACAGCAGCAACGCGUCCCUAGUUGGUCCCCGGCUGGCCGGAGGGAAGAGGCGACAGCAUGAGCCAUGUGGUGACUAUCGAGGAGCCCCAGGCCAACCUGCAGGUGUCUCAGACCCGGUGCGGGGUGAGGUCGAGGGCCUGGGGCAACGUCUCUUCCAGUCGACAGUAUGAUUUUCUGUACGAUCCAUUGUUUAUUGUGUCGAGUGAGAAAGACCAUACACAGGCAACUAUCCAAGCUAAUCUGAUUCGAAACAGACUGAGAAAAGUUCCCAGGUUUAGAACCAUGUUCAGUAACCUGAUCCAUUAUCCAAGAUAUUCUCUGUAUUGGAGCAAGGCAGACCCUGUCCCACCAUUCAUCCGCCGGGAAUGGAAAGGACAGGAGGAGAAACACAGAGAAGCCCUCAGGCAGCUUACCACAACUGGUGAGUCUUUUCAGAUGACUAAAGAGGCUUAUGAAGAUCCUGAAGUUACUGGAAGGAAUCGCUACAAAUAUUUUGAAAGACCUUUCCUUCCAUUUCAACAGAUGCCAUUCAAUGUUGUUUUUGCAGCAACCAAGACAGAGGCAUAUAUUUUCCCUCCUACUCCUGCUAAGUACCCUCCCGUACCUUCAAAGUAUACCGUGGGUACUCAGACUGAUUAUCGGGAUGCUGAAGUUCAAACUGAUCCGUAUUCUCCAGAAUAUGUAGUAUGUCAGGAUUCAAUCCCUGAGCUCUUGACCUUGGCUACUCUUACGUGGGGUCGAGGUCUCCCGGCAGGACAAGCUGAGGUUGAGAUGAUAGAACGUGCCCGGGAGAAGCGUGCUUGGGAAGCCACUCUUCCAAGUCUGAGUGACUCCUUCCAGUUUGAGAAGAGGAGGAGGAUGAUGAAUGUGAUGGAGAGGAAGGAGUGGGCCUUCAGAGAGCAGGAGAUUGAAAAACUUCAGGAGAUUCGCCUGGAAAUUCUGAAAGAGCUGCUGAGAAAACGUGAUAAGAAUCAAAACGAAGUGAACAUGAAGCACCUGAAUGCCCGGUGGUCUCAACUGCAGGAAGCAAAGGAGGCAAAAUUGGCACGGAUUCAGCAGACACACGUCUCAGCAAUCAGAAAACUUGUGGGAAAAAGAAAGAAUAUAGAAGGAAAGUUGGAGAGAAGAAAUAUCAUCAGGGAUUAUUGUGAUUAUGCAUCACAGGUCUAUGGACCUCUGUCUCGUCUUGGUCGUUUCCCUGACAACAAUUCAGAGGACUUUGUAGUAAAAAACCACUAUCUCAACACCUAUGAAGGAUUAGUUGAACUUGAGUCACAUCUCCCAGAUUUUGUGACACAACCCCGAAUCAGACCGCCAAAGCCAAAAGUCACUACCACGAAAGCUGGUUUUCUCAAGAGGGCAGCAAGGAUGGACCAUGAGUUGACAGAGGUUCAUAAGGCAAUACUGGAUAAGAAGAAUAGAGUUCUUGAACCAAAGAAAGUUUUGCGCUUUCUUCAAAGAAAGGCUCUACCUCAACCUCGGCUUCCAACUCCAACCUUGGAAAUGAGUUCCAAUGAAGAAGAAGAUAUAGAGAUGGCUGUGAUCUACCUUCAAAAGUUACUCCGGGGAAGAGCCGUUCAGAACAUGAUGUUUGAAGGGAAGGAAAAGCGGCUGGAGUUGAUCCAGGAGCUGCGCACCAGCCACGCACUACAAGAGGACGACAGGCUGCUGAAGAAAGCCGAGAAGCAAGUGACGCUGGCCUUGCAGCGGCAAAGGAACUUGCAUGAGCACAAGGUCUCACUGGUCGAAAACCAUUUGGCUGGACUGGAAGGAAGGGCGCUGGCAGACAUGUUUGACUUCCUGUCCAAAGAGCUGGUGAGACUACAGGAAGAGCGGAGGAUCCAUGCUUUUGCCAUGCUGGCCGAGCGGCAGCGGAGGAUGCGAGAAGCUGAAGAGAGUGGUCGGCGCCAAGUCGAGCAAAGGCGCCUGCGGGAGGAGGACCAGAUAUUUAAGGAGGUGAUGAAAGUUCACCAAAGUACUGUAACUUCCUAUCUGGAAGACAUAAUACUGAACACCGAAGAGAACACUGCAGAAGAACAAGCCAGGGCAGAAAUUGAGAAGAUGGCUAAGGAAAUCAAUGACAUUGCUUAUGAAAUGGAGAGCCGUCGAACUCAGCUUCAGUCAGAGGAGAUUGUUGCUGAGUUGGUUUAUAGUUUCCUGAUCCCAGAAGUGCAAAAGGACUAUGUCAAAGAAAAAGUGAGGAACGCCCAGCGGAAGCACAUCCUUGCAGCCCAUCAGAUCAUCCACAGCCACACGGAGGACAUGGUCAACAAGGAUUUUGUGGAGCAACAGCAAGAUGAGGCAGUCUCAGACACGGAUGAGUUACCCGAGGGAGAAACUCAAAAAUAA